AUGGCGGAUAUUAGGCCUAAUCACACGAUUUACAUCAACAACCUAAAUGAAAAGAUCAAAAAAGAAGAGCUGAAGAAGUCGUUAUACGCGAUUUUCUCGCAGUUCGGCGCCAUUGUGGACAUCGUGGCCUUAAAGACGCUCAAAAUGCGCGGCCAGGCUUUCGUCAUCUUCAAAGACAUAAACAGUGCGACAAAUGCGCUGAGGGCAAUGCAGGGCUUCCCGUUUUACGACAAACCGAUGAGAAUUCAGUACGCGAAGACCGAUUCGGAUGCGAUUGCCAAAAUGAAGGGCACCUACGUUGAACGUCCGAAAAAAAUCAUCAAGAAGACGAACGAGAUUCCGGGCGAAUCGCCCGCCGAGAAGGCCCGUCUCCGAGAACUUGAAGGAGGUACAGGCGGUUCGGACGUUGACCAGCCACCGAACAAGAUCUUGUUCUGUACGAAUCUGCCGGAAGAAACCACAGAGCAGAUGUUACAGAUGCUGUUCAACCAAUUUCCCGGGUUCAAGGAAGUUCGUCUCGUUCCGGGUCGUCAUGACAUAGCGUUUGUCGAGUUUGAAACCGAAUAUCAGGCGACCACCUCGAAGGACGCGCUUCAAAAUUUCAAAAUCACUCCGAAUCACGCCAUGAAAAUAGCUUUCGCUAAAAAAUAA